CCUCCAGCAGUCUGGUCUGAUGCCGGCCACCUUUAAUAACGCAUGUAGUACAGCCGCCGCCGCCAAGAGGAUACAGAACGCGAGAGAGGCCAGGACCCGCUGCUGUCGCUGCCCCCCUAAGAGCUCUACAGAGAGAAGAGAAGCCGAGGCGCAGCACGGGGGCGGACACUAAAUAAGAAACACAAGAAGGGAGGUUUGCAGAAGAAAGCAAAAGGAUCACUUACACCGACAGACCGUGCCUGCUGUAUCCCUCCACGCACGCCAUGUCGGGGGCUCAGUGAGCGCAGAGACACCGGUGCGUAAAGUUGGUGAGCUUGUCCGCCCGUCUCCCGCUUCCCCUGAGAGCAUUUUUACUGUCCUGCUCGGAGGUCCCGGCUCCAGCGUGGAUUUUGGAACCCAUCAUAGUGUCUUUGUCUCCGGAUGAGCGAGGCUUCUUGGAUGGGAAGGUUUCCAGCGCAGCGCGGCUGGGAGACACGGGAAGGCUCCCUGUGACCGGGCCACAUGCAUGUGGAACAUAUGGAUUUGCUUUUGCUAUAGCCAAGAUUUGCCGCGGUUUUUUUAAAAUAUUCAUUUUUCAUUUUUUUGACUGAGUGCGUGUUGUUUUGUUGAUUUUGUUAGAUUUUUGACUCUUACACGGCCGCAGAGAUUUCAAGACUCAUCGUGCGGAAUUCCAACCAUGAACUUUGUUGUCAGUUUGGUACAAAUCCUUUUGGCAGCGGUUCUUCACCUAUCCACUGUAAAGACUGCCAGCAUUAACAAGGGAGUGGAGAAGAGGAAAAAUGAAGUCAUCCCUUUCACGGAAGUCAUCACCAAGAGUAUAUGUCAGCCCAGGGAGGUGCUGGUGGACAUCUUCCAGGAGUAUCCGGAGGACACGGAACACACCUACAUCCCUUCCUGUGUGGUCCUCAACCGCUGUGGAGGCUGCUGCAGUGACGAAGCAACGGAGUGUGUACCGUUGGAAACCCGCAACGUCACGUUGCAGGUAAUGCGGGUUAGACCAAUGGUAUCGCAACAUACUAUUGACUUAAGUUUCACAGAGCAUCAAAAGUGUGAUUGCAGAGUAAAGCCAGACGUUCAAGCAAAGAAAGAAUACCACUGUGCGCCUUGCUCAGAGAGAAGAAAGCGCUUGUUUGUGCAGGACCCUCUCACCUGUAAAUGUUCCUGCAAAUUCACACAAUUAGACUGCAAGUCCAGGCAACUUGAGUUAAACGAAAGAACUUGCAGAUGUGACAAACCGAGGAGAUGAGACCAGCAACACUGUUAUGAAGGAAUUAUUUUCUUGGCACAGCACUUUGAAACAUGAGGAUGCAUUCCCUGCAAGGACACGAAACGACAAUGCAAGACAAGACAUUCUGGACGCAGAUCUUGCCAUUGUCUGUUUUCCGCCUAAAGAUAUUAAUAUAUAUGUACAUAUACUAUAAGUACAUCGACAAUGUGUAUUGCUGCUACAUAAAAAAGACACUAUUUAAAGCGAAACGAAUGCGCCACUGGCGUGUGAAUGGGAAAUGCUUCAGUGGUGUUCUGCUCAUGGGUAAAAGACUAGUAGAAGAAAUCUUUUAUUUUAUGUAACACUUCACUGGAUGCUGGUCUGCUGUGAAUAUGAAUAUCUUAAACAUUUCUUAGUAAGAAAAAACUGGUGACCACAACUUCAUCGAGCGGUGCAGCAGAAGCAGAACUCGCCUCCGAACUCUGACAGAAGAGACUGAGAGGAGACAGAGGGAGGACGAGGAGGCGGAGGUGGAGGAAGGCCUGUUGUACUUGAACUGAACGGCAGGUCCAACAACUGUUUUCCUCUGAGACAUGAUGUGAAGAUUUUUACAUGGGUUAGGAAAUCGAAUUUUCCAUCAGGGUUAAAGGUAACAAACCACUACCUGUUUCUGGUUAUGCUUCCUUCAUGUAACCCUUCCCUGGUGGGAAAACAGAUUUGUCUUUGUUUUUGUGCACAGAGUUUAUUAUUUACAUUUUGAGGUAUUGUGUUCCUUUCACAAAAUGUCUUGAGACCAGGCUGUCGAAAGGGAUAUUACUGUAGGUAUAUACGGAGACAAGAAGUAACUAGAUGAGCUGAACACCGAUCAGAUCAGCACCUCACUGUAGAAAUCCACAACCUUACAGUUUCUUUAUUUAAUAGCUUUAUGUGUGUUCCAAAGAAACAGUCAGGCAUCCAUAACAGAGCAGUUCAUCAUAAACGAUCUGUAUAUACUUACUAGAUGUCCCUUUGUCUAGUACACUACAUCUAAUUUAUAGAAUAUGUUCUGUAUUCUGAUAUUUAUAUACAGUGUUAAGGUUAUUUUUGUUUGUACUCAACUGUUUUCAGUCUGUCUGGAGAUUGAAUGGAGAACAUGUAUGACUGUGGACUCCUUUUUGGGGGGGGGGACUGAAAGACAAUGCUUUGACAUUCCUGAUUUAAACUAAAGCUGUGUUUCUCACCAGCCAAAGGGGGAUCACGGUGGCCACCAACAUGUGUGUGAAUGAUGCGCCAACACAGGUGUUUUUCAUUUUGGACUGGGCGUUGGACAUGUGGUUUUGCACUUGUGGGCCCAAAGACAUGUCAUAUGGAGGACUGAAAGAGUCUCAUUGCUGCUGCUCAGCUCAGACCUAAUUUAGUGAAGACUGUCCAAUCAGACUGAGGCCUCUAGUCUGAGGGUGGUAAACAACAGUGUUUUCUCUGGCUUUAACCCAGGCGCUAACAUAAUGUCCUGUUACACCGUUCAGCAGGAUACAGGCACUUACCACUAAUCAAACAUUGCCUUUAUGUUAAACUGUUGCCAUAUGAGAAAAAUACCUUUCUAUUUGAUGAGCCACAACAGAGAUAUUAAAAAUAGCAUAUAAAGUUCACUUAAGUUUCAAGGUAUAUAUUCAAUAGUGAGUGACAAAGAAACAUCAUAAGUUACAAUAGAACAUUUUUUAAAUACUAUACUGAUGUUAUAUAUAAGAUACAAUAAUUUGAAAGAAUUUAAGGUUACUGUAAUACAGUAUGUGUUACCAUAUAUUAUGUAUAUUAUGUGAUACAUUUUGUCUGGAGGCUGCUGGAUCUCAACAGUACAGAAGACAACUUGGACCAUGAGAAAAAUAUUUAGUUCUGAUAUUUAUCUCAGUGGUGCCUGGCAGGUGUCAGGCUACUGAUGUGCAAGAAGUCAUUUGUGCUGUCGAGUUAAUAACUUGUGCAUAGCAAGUAAGUUGAGUAAGUUAAUUAAGGGCACAUCUACACCAACACCCUGACAGAACGAGCCACAACAACCCAUAACUUCAGUUCUUACUGCUACACUAAGUUUGAUACUUAUUUGAAGGAACAAACGAGUAAUUAGUGUGCACAAAUUAUUCAUUCAAAAGUUGUGAAUUUGUACUACCUGCUAGGCUCUGUACAGUAUUGUUAGGAAUAGUCAGAAGACGGGUCAUGCAUCAAAGUCAGUGAUUCUGACUUUAGACUCAGAUUUGAGUCCUUUUUCCAUAGAAUUGUGACACAUCUCUUCAUAAAUCAUACCUGUGCUUCUGUUAGCACCAGCUGUACCACUGCUGUUCAUGUGAGCUGACCUUCUGUGCUGCCACCCUCAAACUAGAGGCCUGAGAGUGUGCUCACUGAGACCGGCUGCUGGCUCAGUGCCUCUCCAGUCCUCUGACAAUGACAACAUUCUAUUUGUAUUUAAAUUACAGACUUUUUCUUGAGUUUGUACAGUCACACAUUUUUAGUAUAUUUUCACAUUAAUAUAUUUAUUGGUGCUGUAAAAUGUUUUACAAUAUUAAAACUAUUUUUUGUUGUUUUUAGUGUAAUAAUUAAAACUUAUUUAUUUUGAAACUACAUUGGUUUUUCUUAUUAAAUGUCAACUAGUUUGAAAGCUUAUUGUUUUUAAUGAUGGUGUCAGAUACAGCUGAUUGAGACGUUACAGGACAAAUAUGACAUGUCUCACUUCCUGGUAGAUCAUUAACAGACACGACGUGGCCUCCAGGUAGUACAACAGAGUUUCUGUAAGCUACGUCAGGACUCAUAAGCAAAAUUUGCAGCAAUACUUAUUUAUUGAUAUUUGUUUGAUGUAUUUAUGAUUUUUAAAAAAAAAAACAAAAUUGGCCCCUUUCUAUGCAAAUAAGUCUUAUUGAAAAACAAGGUCAAAUUCACAAACACCAGUGCUAACAGCCACACGCAGUUAGAGUGAAUUUAUUAGCGUCUUCAGAGAGUUGGUGGUAACUGAAGCGCAUUUAUAAGCAGCGUCACACCCGGACUUUCCAGUGAUCAUGGCAGCAGGGAUUGUAGCCAGGUGAAGCAACAGCGCAUCACAGUACAUCAUAUGUGCACAGUUGGCAAAGAGAACAAUACCUGAUAUUCACCAUGAGGGAAUGAAACUGUAAAACAACAUAAAAUCUGCUGCUGUGAGAAUCAGA